GUUGGACCGAACGAAAAAGAGGAAGAAAUUUAUCCACCUGCCGCGCCGCGGAGCCACCUGUUAUAUUACUGCCUUCUCGUGCCAACAUCAGCUGCUUUGGCACGCUCCUGAUGUCUCAACGUUGCCAUGGACCGGCGCGCAGCCGGCUGAAUUGCGCCAGGAUUCGAUAUAGGCGAUUAGAGCUUCUAUAUAUCAGGAUACUGAUUUCUGAGAGCAUCAAUCAGAAAUAUAUGCUCUUAAUUUGAAUAUGCGACGUCUGGUGGCAAGCUGGAGGAAGUCUCCGUACUUGCGAUUGCUUCAACAUGGGAGAAAAGAGUACGAUCGAGACAUCAUGCAGUAUUCAAAAUAUGUAAUGCAGUUUAUGGGAGGACAAAGGAUGUUAAAUAGAAAUAUAUCACAUGCAACUUCAAAUCAAACAUCAAUAGGCUCAAAGAUUUCUGUCAUGAGAAAAUUGAAAUUAGUUGUCCCUAUAGGAAUAGGUGUUUCAUUGAUUGCUUUUUUCCAGUGGAGACAUUUUAGGAAAUACAAACAUACUGCACAGGGUGAAGUAAUACAAGGACCACUUAAUGAUUUUAUAGUAAAUUGCUAUUGUUGCCUUCCAUUGAGAAUAACAAGUAGGAUAUGGGGUUGGAUAGCUAAUAGAGAAGUACCUGUUAGUUUAAGACCAGGUGUAUAUCAAUUCUAUGCAAAAAUUUUUAAUGCAGAUUUGGAAGAAGUAGCAGGUGAUUUGUCAGGAUUUCCAACUUUAGUAGAUUUUUUUGUAAGACCACUCAAGGAAGAAACAAGACCUAUAGCUAAGAAUACAAAUAUGGUUUCUCCUUCAGAUGGUACAGUCCUUCAUUUUGGACCAGUAACAUCUUGCCGUGUGGAACAAGUUAAAGGGAUGACUUAUGAUCUUAGGCAUUUUUUGGGAGAUAUAGAUUUAGAGGAAUCUAAAGAGAAAAUAAGUUAUACGGAAGAAGAUAAUAAAAAAUAUGUGAAGAGUCUUUUGAAAAAUCCGGCGAAUCAAUUAUAUCAAAUAACAGUUUACUUAGCACCAGGCGAUUAUCAUCGUUUUCAUAGUCCAACUGACUGGGAGAUUGAAUUUCGAAGACACUUUCAAGGUAAACUAUUAAGUGUCAAUCCAAAGAUAGCUAGAUUUUUACCAGAUUUAUUUUCGCUAAAUGAGCGUGUGGUAUACAUUGGAAAAUGGGCGGAAGGUUUCAUGGCUUAUGCCGCAGUAGGUGCCACUAAUGUUGGUUCUAUUAAAAUCUAUUGUGAUAAAGAAUUAACUACAAAUAAAAUUAUAUGGCCGAAAAUGAAACGUUGGGAAGAUGCGAAGUUAGAGUGUACUCAUAUAUCUAAAGGACAAUUAUUUGGUGAAUUCAGAAUGGGAUCUACCAUUGUACUUCUAUUUGAGGCACCAGAAGACUUUCAAUUUUGUCUAAAUGUAGGACAGACCAUAAAAGUUGGUCAGGCAUUAUCUGAAUGCAUUGUUAAAUCAGAUGAAAAGUAUUUAUCAGGAAGUUUAUGAUUAUUAAUUAAAAAUAUUUUUUUCUCUAUAUAAAAUCUAUAAGAACUUGAUGUAUACACACAAUAUAUAUUACAUGUAUUUAUAUAAUUUUAAAGUGUAAAGAUUUAUAUAUAUAUAACUGUAAUACAUUUUUAACACGUACAGACCGAGAGAGGGGGGAAAGAGAGAGAGAGAGGAGAGAAAGAGAAUGGGAGGGAGAGGGAGAAAGGAAAAGAUAUUCGAAUGGUUUACAGGUUGUUUCCUAUGAAUACUGUGAUAUGAUUAUAUAGAGAUUUGUUUCAUGACCGUAUCUUCAUAUUCAUUAAUUAUACUCACAAAUGAAUAUAUUUUUAAAAAUCUUCUAAUUAUUUAUAAAUAAAUGUCUAACUGUUUUUGUAAUAUACUUUUAAUCGAAAACAU